AUGCCUUCGAACGCUCACGAGAUUGUCUUCAGGACCUCCAUUGCGGCCUGCAACUCAGGCGACCACCUCCGCGUUUACAUGCAAGAUGUCCAGGGCAAAAUCCGCGAAACUAUCCGAGUGUUCUAUCUUUCUAGUGAGAACACCGUCAAAGAAAUUGCUUACGAUAAGUCCGAGGGCUGGUUUGAAGGCACCAUUGGCAAGAAACACUACUUUACCGCCCCUUAUUCAAGGCUUGCAGUCUGCCACUUGAUGAAGGGUUCGGACAUGGAGAUGCGGGUUUAUUGCCAGCUGACGGAUAACACAAUUCAGGAAUUCGGUAUUAAGGAUGAGAGCUCGGGUUGGCAGAAGAUGUCAAAUCUCGGACCUGCCAUGCCCGGCACCGAAAUCGCCUGCACCGCGUUUAAGUCUCCGCACGUAGGCAUUCGCGUCUACUUCCAGCACAUGGAGUAUGGUCUCAUGGAGAAGUGCCAUGACGGCCACCGCGGCUGGUAUGACGGAUGGAUGAAGUUCCCCAAGAUGCAACCCCGAACAUCCAUUGCUUGCACCAGCUAUGGUUCUGGCUCGGAUAUCAUGGGAAUCCACGUCUUCUAUACUUCUGCCAAUAUGGCCCUCGAGAUGGUCUACGAUGGCAAGUCGUGGCGCGAGGGACAGUUUCAUGCCGACUGCAUUCCUGGUACAGAGAUAGCAUGUAUCAGUUGGGUUAGUGGCUCCCGCCCGGAGAUUCGUGUCUACUUGCAGGCUGGUCAUGAGAUCUCUGCCAUCUCUGAGUUUGCGUGGACUCACGGAACUUGGAAGUCGGGAGAGACGGCUCUCCCUCCUGCUUGA